GAUACAGAAUUUCAGCCCUGUGCUGCGACCGCCUCAUUCUUCCUUUACGCCCAGAGAAACAUUAUCCUCUGUCUGCAUCAUGACACAUUGGCAAUAGAGCGUCGAUUCGACCGUCAUCAAGAAGACGUGCUUUGGAUAUGUACAGACACUGUCAGCGAAAGAGGUGCGGGACGUUUGGCUGUCAGCUAUGAUGCAGGACAUACCGCAAUUGUUUGGGAUAUUUCAACGGGAGACGAAAUUGCUCGCUUCGCAGCGUAUGAACCGAUUAGGGUGGCAGCAUGGAUGAAGAAUGGAAAUAUUGCUUUCGGAAACGCCCAAGGAAAUGUAAUACUGUUCGAGCCUUCUACCUCGGAGCAUAUCUCAGCUCGUACUAUCUAUGAUCCGAUUACAGCUAUAGCACCAGCUGCCGACUCACGCACUUUUGCAAUUGGUUUCCUGAACGGCUCGAUUUUGAUUGCGACACUACAACCACUUUUCACGAUCGUGCACAGUCUGACGACAUCAAAAGCUCCUUCCCGCAUCGCUGGACUUUCCUGGCAUGGUUCUUCUUCACGACAGAAAUCUGAUAUGCUUGCUACCCAGACCGCAGACGGUGAUCUUAGAGUUUGGAGCAUCCCUAAAACAGCUGUCGCUGGAGAAAGCCCAAAUAUCAUCCGGAUACUGAGUCGGUUGGAAACGAGGAGCCUCGGUCCUUGCUGGUUCACAUGGUCGAGAAAUGGCCGAAUCAUCCAGUACACAGAUGGCGAGACACGGUCUUGGGAUGUUCGCACAAAAAAUGUCAGCUUCCAAUCAGUGCCAACAGUCGAUGGCAUUGUCGGCAUCGCAUGCUACGGCCCAUCCUCUACGCUUUUCACGCUCGGUCAAAACCACACUGUGCAACAAUACGAUGUAAACCCGAGCGAGGCCCCCGUGCAAGUUGCUAGCAUACAACAUGCUCCUGGUCCGCUACCCCCGUCGCCACCAAACUCGAUCGAAGAGCAAAAGAAGGAAGAGACGGCCAGAAAACAAGCUGCAGCGAGCGCUGCUCCGUUACCAUUUGCCUUUGUGGACGCAGACUCGAGUGAAGGCGAGAUCGGUACAAUGUCUCCACUCGAAAAGAUUGCAAGAGAGAUGGAUCAACUUGAGGACGAGAAACAUGACCGACUCGGCGCACUCAGCCCGACAUCUAGCAGAGCCUCCUCGGCAAGCUCGCGAUCAUCCAAUGGAGGACGCAGAGUACCAUCAUAUCGUUAUGACAAAGCACCUUCCUCACGAGCCUCCGAAGUGUCAUACAAUGAGGGCACCGAAUUUUCCUUUGGGCUGCCUUCGAUAACGCCUCGCGAGAGCGUCUCCAUACGGUCGACGUCUUCAUUCCGCUCAUCAGCCCUACGAAAAGAGAUUCUGAGAAGUCCAAAUGAGGCCCAACAGACAUCUCAGAUGGAUCUUUUCCCUCACACUCGAGUGAGGCUUCGAGAUGUACCUUUUAGGACUCCGCACUAUGGCCAAGUUGCUCGUACUUCAGACAUAUUGCGACAGGAAAUGCUAAGUGUGGUAUUCGGUUGGAACGACGACAUUGAAUCUCUGAUACGCGAUGAAUUCGCAAGGCAACGACCAGGAUCAGCCAGUAGCGUUCUUCUCUCAAAAUGGCUUGGUGAGUUUGGCGCAGACACCAUGGCUGCAAUGGUGGGUUCCGAGAACAUGACUUCCUCCGACUGGAUGUUGCUCGCCUUGAGCUCUAUGGGACCAUCGUCGGGGAAACAGGUUGGUCAGACUUUCGUGCAGCGACUUUUGGAAAAGGGUGACAUCCAUCCUGCAGUUGCGGUGCUUCUGGGCUUUGGUGAGCACGAUGAUGCCAUCGAGGUUUACGUCUCUCGAGGUUACUUCAUGGAAGCAACUCUUCUGACCUGUCUGAUCAUGCCAUCGGAUUGGCAGAGGCAAUCUUAUCUUGUUCGCAAAUGGGGUGAAGCUUCUGUUAUGAAAGGUCAGCCAGAACUUGCGGUACGCUGCUUCUCGUGUACAAGCCUUGAGACCUCAGAUUCCUGGUCUUCUCCUCGAGCACAAGGUGCAAUUUUCUCUGGCCCAAGAGAACAAGAUAUUGGUCCCUCUCCUUUGAGCCCUCCAAUUUCUCCGCCAUUUGCCGUUAGCUCAAGCCGGAAGCUCACGAGAAACGGAUCGCUGAAACUCAUCACGACAUUCGGUGAUCAGGGGACCUCCCUCGUAUUACCUUCGAUAGAUCAGAGGACACCAAUGGCAGGUGUGCUUGGUGUUGGCGUUACACCAAUAGCCGAAUCUGCCAUCUCACCUGGAGGUGCAGCACCUUGGCUUCGAUCUGGCAGCAGGUUCGAUCGGGAUCCAUCGUCCGCGAGGACGGCUACUCCCGGCGGAUACGCAAGGAGACAAUUACCCUCUAGAAGCGGCACCUCACGAAUGCGAGACACUUCUCAGACACCACUAACAGCCCAUAGAGAGAUGUUGGAGCCAACAAAUGUUACAGAGACCUUGGAGCCUAAACGUCAAGGUCAUACUCGCAAAAACUCGUCUAUCAAUUCGAGUGAAAAGUCCCAAAGUCUGAAGCAGACGUCACGGCAGCCUCCGCAGCCGGAUCGUCUACCGUCCCCAAGUAACGACGUCUUUGCGCGUCUUAAGAGCGAGACAUGGAGAAGAAACGGAUCGCGCGAGAGAACCAACAGUGAUCUUCAUGUGCAGGUUUUUGAUACGACUUAUUUGCCAAACCAGCCAUCUCAGGACCUUAGAGCUCCAUCCUUACAUUUAGAUCCUUUCACAGAUUCUCGUCAAAGCCAAGAUGACCUUCCCGAUCACACGUCGGAUUAUCGCGGUCGGUCAGCAAAGCGAUAUAUUGGUCCAGCAAAAGUCUCACCAUCAUCACCAAUUCCGAUGUCACCUGACGAAGUUAUGGCAAGUAGAGCGAUGGCUGCAGCUUCCAACAUCGAUGAGUCCUACUACAGAGAGUCAAGACCGCAGCGCAAGAACUCUAAUGCAGACCGUACCUCUCGAACGAACAGUCAGGUACCAACCGGACAUGGAGGUACUAGCCAGGUGGAUCUGAGACUAGCAGUUAACCGCGACAGAAGCGAAUCUCGUACACCAGCAAGACCCUUCGGUCGUUCGCCCUCGGCAUCAGCUAUAACAAACAACGACUCCACUUCUGCAAGAAUCGAGUCUCGCCAGGGACUACAAGUCAACAGGACCAGAGGAGCCUCUAUCAAGGGCAAAGCUGGUGGUGUCCCCAAUCACUCUACGAAAAGUCUUGAUGAAGAUAGUUCUGCUUCCGAGAAUCAAGAAGAGGGUAUCGUGCGGCGUAGAGAUCUCCAGACUUUGACCAAGAAGCAACUCGCCGCUCGCGAGUUGGAAGAGAGGCGCGCAUCUUUGGCCAGGCGCCCAUCCGCACCGACGAUACCUUUACCUAGCGAUAUCAAGACACCUUUGAAAAGGCCUCUCAUGGCUCCUAGACAUCAUACCGAGCUAGGAAUAUCUCCCAGCUCAUUCGAGCCACCGUAUUGUGCCGGUUCAAUCAUUCGUAGUCAUACGGCUGAUCCAGAAUCUAAGGGUCGCUUCCCGCCCACGAGAACUACUGGCACCUCAACUCCGACAGCAUCGAUCGGACUACCGGCUACUCCUAGAGCAAUGAAGCAUCCGCGAUACGAACAUGAAGGAGUACCCACUAUUCCUCAGGUUCCCGAAACCCCUCCUCAACCAACAGUUGCCACGUUUCAGCAAGGUUCACCCUCGCCAAAGUCCGCAGAAGACGAUCAGAUUGCUCCUCUCCUACCUUCGACUGUGUUUGGACAGUUAGCACCUUUGUCUCCACCACGGGCAUCUUCAGCACCACCCGAGACAAAUACGGACGGUGCCCCGUGGCACUACAAGACAGUGCUGCCGCACUCUUCCAGACGAAGAUCCAUCUCCAAAGCAGGCCAUACUCGUAGGAUUACACCUACGGAAAACAACUUCCAGCCUCAGCAAAGUCCUGCGUCGAGCAGGCCAAGCAUCGAACAGACCUUGCAUGACGCUCAAAUUGUCAUUGUAGAGGACUCAGAGUUGAUGUUGCCAGAACUCCAACAUCUGGCGGGUCCCCCACCUCCGCCUCCUCCACCAUUCAUGACAGAUCGUCGAGGUAGUGGUCUCGGUGUUAUCAACAUCGCGAUUGGAGAAGAAGAACCUAUAGUCAUGGAUGUCUUACCAACUAUUGACCGAGCCGGUGCAUUGACAGCCCCUCCGCUCAACAACUUCGCGCAGGCACAAGCACAAGCGCAUGCUCAGAUUCAGGCACAAGCGCAAAGACGUGGUCGUGGCAGCAUCAGCGAAGGCUUCAACUCACGCCUGAGAAGUGUGACAGAGCGUAUCCGUAACAACAGCAAGUCGCGUGCCAAAUCACCACCAAUCGAUACGUAUGCACCCUCGCCUUAUGAGACAGUGCUCCCUGGCAUAUUUUCGAGACAGCAACCUACACCUGACAUCAACACGAACCGGGCCAAAUCACCCUACGAAGCUUCUCCAAUUGUAGCCAGUGCUGCAGCAUCUGAAGCGUCAAUUUCGUUGAUGCCUCCACCUCCGCCACCUCCACCACCAGCUCCACCCGGCUCCGUCGAACAAUCAGGUCAAACAUACCCUCAUCCUCGUGAAGUUCGAGCAAACAUGCCAUCCGAGACGCUC